AUGGAUAACUUAAAAGAGAAAGGUGAAGAUUUCAAAGAUCCUAAAAAAUCACAGGAAGCUAGCAGUGUAGAAGUACCUGCAUCAAUAGAUCCUUCUGAAAAAUGGCUAAUCAGAGAUUGUGAGAUAUACAAAGAUGAAUAUGAUGAGUGCACUAGUUAUAAGGCAAGGUUUCAUCAAUAUUUUAUAUAUGGUGAAUCAUUAGAUUGCAACCCCUGGAAGAGAGAUUAUGACAACUGUCGGAAAUGGGUUGAUAAUAAAGAUGUUAAGGCUGCACAAGCUGUGAUUAAAAGUGAAAAGAUUCGAAGAAUGACAAGAUUAAGAGCCCAUUAUCAAAAUGAUGUAUGGAAAAAAAGAGAAUCCCCACCAGAAGAUUGGGCAGGUCCUUUACCAGACUGGAUGGCCAAGAGAGAUGAAAACACAUAUCUUGCACAAAUGGCCCAACAAAUGAGAGAAGGCACAGAUGAAAAUACAAGUAGUUCAUGUGUCAUAAUG